AUGUCAUACAGUACCACUCAGCCAGGAGGUCGUGCUCCACUCGGUGGAAGACAAGCAGGAAACGUUGUCUCACAGGACCGCAUGUUGAAGAUUGUCACCGAGAUGCGAUCUGGAGCUGGUUCAGGAUUGUCACCAUUCGGUCAGAAUGCGGCUAGCACAAUUCGUGAUUCACGCGAACGGGAAAAGAAGGAAAUGAGCGAUCUGAAUGAUCGUCUUGCCAGCUACAUUGAAAAGGUGCGCUUUCUGGAAGCGCAGAAUCGCAAGUUGGCUGCAGAUCUAGAUGCAUUGAGAAGCAAAUGGGGUAAAGAUACACACAACAUUCGAAACAUGUAUGAAGGUGAACUUUCGGAUGCUCAAAAACUCAUUGAUGAAACGAACCGCCAGAGGAAAGACUUAGAACAGCAAAUAAAAAAGAUGCAGGAUGAACUCACUGAGCUCAGACAUAAGUAUGAAGAGGCAGUACGUGGACGUGAAGCCGACCGUGCGAAAAUCGACAGCCUACUAGUGCAUUUAUCGAAUCUCGAGGCUGAAAUUGCACUACUCAAACGUCGCAUUGCUCAACUGGAAGAUGAAGUGAAGCGCAUCAAGCAGGAGAACCAACGCCUUCUGUCCGAACUUCAGCGUGCCCGCACAGAUCUUGACCAAGAGACGCUGAAUCGCAUAGACUACCAAAAUCAAGUACAGACGCUUCUUGAAGAGAUCGAUUUCCUUCGACGUGUGCACGAUAACGAAAUCAAAGAACUUCAGACUCUCGCAUCUCGUGAUACAACUCCUGAAAAUCGCGAGUUCUUCAAAAAUGAGUUGUCGUCUGCUAUUCGUGAUAUUCGUGAAGAAUACGAUCAGAUUACUAACGUUCAUCGCACAGACAUGGAGUCGUGGUAUCGUUUGAAAGUGCAGGAAAUCCAAACACAAAGCGCCAGACAGAGCAUGGAACAUGGAUACGCGAAAGAAGAGGUUAAACGCUUACGCACUCAAUUAAGCGACCUUCGCGGAAAAUUGGCUGAUCUCGAAAGCAGGAACUCACUUUUGGAGAAACAAAUUCAAGAGCUCAACUACCAGCUCGAAGACGACCAACGCUCGUACGAAUCCGCGUUGAAUGAUCGUGAUGCUCAAAUUCGUAAGAUGCGUGAAGAAUGCCAAGCUCUUAUGGUGGAACUACAGAUGCUUCUUGACACGAAACAGACACUUGACGCUGAGAUAGCGAUCUAUCGCAAGAUGCUAGAAGGAGAGGAGAAUCGUGCUGGAUUAAAGCAGCUCGUCGAGCAAGUGGUUAAGACCCAUGCGAUCUCUCAGGAAACUGACACUGAAACAAUGCGAGUUGUCAAAGGCGAAACGGCAUCGCGUCAGUCGUUUCAAAGAUCUGCAAAAGGCAAUGUUUCUAUUCAUGAUGCUUCACCAGAUGGUAAAUUCAUUAUUCUACAAAACACACAUCGUGCUAAAGACGAAUCGAUCGGCGAGUGGAAGCUGAAGCGUCGCAUCGAUGGAAAACGUGAAAUCGUCUACACCUUCCCGAAAGACUUCAUCUUACGUGCUGGUAAAAGCGUUAAGAUAUUUGCCCGUAAUCAAGGAGUUUCAUCUCCUCCUGAUCAACUUGUUUAUGAUGGAGAAGACUCUUUUGGAUCCGGAAACUCCGUUCAAACCAUACUCUUCAACAAGGAAGGAGAAGAACGUGCCACUCACAUUCAGCGUCAGAGCAACGCAUAG